GCACACUGCUGUAAACUAUGCCCGCCCAGGCCCAUGGCUUGGUGUUCUCCCGCCACGCAACACCGUGUGGGCCCGGCCUGGUGGGUCCAUUGCCAAUGCGAUCUCAGCACAGCCCCUCACACGCCGUGUUUCCCGGCCCGCUGCUGAUCGAGCUUGGCGGGGCUGUUCAUCCCGUCCCGUCCCUGUGGGGCAGCAGAGCUGCGGAAACGGGCCAGCUCCUAGGGAGCCGAGCGAAGGCCCAGGGCUGUAGCACAGGACGCCUCCAGUCCGGCGAAGGAGCCGCAGGAGGCCUGGGUGACCUCGCAGGAGAGGGGGGGAAGCCGCUGCCGCAGGGAGCGUGGCCCGGGACUGCGGAACGCGCCGCUUCCCGUUUCCAGGCGGGCUGGGAGCUGCCUCUGCCCUGUGACAUGCACAGCAGCAGCCUGGGCCCGAUACGGAGGUUAUCGAGUCACGCGGCCUGGGUCCUGUGGGGAUGCAGGCUGGUCCCCAGUAUCCAUCCCUCUGUUACAAGACAGUCAUGGUUGUGUGCCUCUCCAUCUGCUGGAUUGCCUGCCUCUUUCUGCCCUCUGUUAAGUAGUGGGUGUAGACUGGCGUCUGUGGCCUCAUCAGAAUGGAGUGGUGGGAGUUUGUCCUCUGCUGGUUGGGAGCAGGACCGCAAUGAGCCAGAACCGAGUAGAAAGCUCCUGGAAGCUGUCCGUCUGUCCCUGGCAGCACAGCAGAGACAAGCUGAUAUAGGGAGAUCGGAGCUGGGGAAGAUGUUGGAUUCAUUCUCUGACAUGGGAUUUAGUAACGCCCAGAUAAUGGAGCUGUUCAGGUUGCAGCCCAAGCUGGCUCCUCAGACACGGCUGGCAGUGGUUUCCGAGCUCCUCCUGUUGGGCUUGGAUGCUGACUCCACACUGAGGGCCUUGCAGAAGAGCCCUGAAGUGCUAAGAAUGUCGGCCCAGCAACUGAGGCAUCGUGUAGACUACCUGCGGAGACUGGACCUCGGAGAAGAGAACCUGCAGCAAGUGGUGAGCCACUGCCCCAGAAUCUUCACCUUCUCCUGGAAGAAAAUAGAUGCAGUGGUGCGGGUGUUCAAGGAGAAGUGUAUUUUCACAGUGGAUCAGGUGACGGAGAUUCUGCAUCGCUGCUCCAACGUCCUGUUGGAGGAACCGCAUGACCUGGAGUACAAAUUCCAGUACGUGCACUUCAGAAUGGGAGUAAAGCACAAAGCAGUGGUGAAAUCUGGUCUCUUCCGAACUCCAAUAGCUGAGGUCAAGAACCGGCACAUCUUCUUAGAGCGCUUGGGGCUUUAUCAAACUCCUGACAAGAAAGGCCAGACCCAGAUCGUCAACCCGAAACUGAAGGAAAUCGUUGGAGUCUCGGAAAGGGACUUCCUGGCCAAGAUAGCCCACUCCUCCCUGGAGGAGUUUGAGGUCUUUAAGAAGCUGCUGGCUCGGGAGGAGGGGAAGGGGGAUCAGGAUAUAGCAUCUGAAGAGACAGACUCAGCCAGCGAAAGGGAAGGGGAAAGGUCUGACAGCAAGGAAGGAAACUGAACUCUUAUCCCCAAGCUUCAGUAAGGGCUUGGCCAAAGAGUCAUUGGUGGAAACCAGCUGCUGGGGUUACCACACAUCUUGGCUGCUCCUAGACGUUCCCUUCUGACCUAUGUGUUUAAUGGUGUUGCCAUGACAUCACUAGUUUGGAAACAGGUCCCCUGGGCCACAGCCUGAAACUUGACUGCUGCCUGGGGGCAGGCAGUCCUGUCCCUGUUUUCCUCAUUGAGCUGAGGCCCUUGUUCCAGGUGGCUGUAUAAAACCAAUAAAGCUCAGACCCUUCAGGAAGCGAGUGCCCUUCUCUGUCACUUGGCCUGAUUUCCCCACCCAAGCAUAGUGGGACACCCUAGCUCUAGACGAAUCUGCUGUUUGCCAGAUGGGCUCAGUGAGGGGAAGGGGCAACUCUAAGUUGGGGACUGCUGCCCAAAGUUGGUGCAGCUGGAAGACGAGCCCUGGUUGCCACACAUCAGAGGGUAGUUCUGGGUAUUGGUAGCUCUCGCCUGGUCACCCUUUACAGAACAGCCUUCUUUGAUGGGGGUAGGGCUGCCCCGCCAAUGGCAAUGACAUACCAGCAAUAGUGGCUAGGGCCAGCACUAGGAAAUGCUGCGCAAGCACAGGUCUGUCCUUUCCGAACCUUCCCCCACAAAGAUAGCUGUCAGUGGAGGAAGGGAUGGCUACCCCUGCUAGGAGCCAGGAACGUGAGAGCUGUCUGCUGCCUUAGGGAGUGUAAAUGUUUAGCAUGCCCCUGAGUAGAGGUGCUGGAUUGUGUGGGGUCCUGGAGAGAAGCUGGAUUUUGGGGUUGGAGACUGAGAGACCUGGGCUCUGUAAUGAGGGGAGGCGAUGAGGGAGCUUAGGAUCAGAGUUCAGGAGGACAAGACGAUGGAUUCUUUGGCCGUGGAAGGAAAGAGCACACUGAGCUUCAGAGGCAGGAGAGGAGACGGAUGUGGGGCAAAUGGUCAAGGGAGGAGGAGAGAGCUUGGGAUUGGGCCCAGGAAAGGAGACAGAUUGUGUGAGCAGGUGAACUGCUGGUUCAAGAGAAGUGGUUUGGUUGUGGGCUGAGGAGGCUGGUGAGUAGAUUGGGGGGCAGGAGACUGGUUUGAUGUGAGGCGUGUGUGUGUGGCUGGUGCUGAGGAGAUGCCUCUGGUGCAUGUGGGCACUGUGGUUUGGGGAAAAGGGAUUGACUCUCCCCUUCCCUCUGCCUCUUCUCCACCACGCACUAAACAAAGGACCCAAUGGCUAGCAAUUGUAUUUUUAUUUAAAAAACAAAAUAACUAACUUUUUUGAACAGAUAAAAUCUUUUUCUGCUGCGUUA